UCUUCAAGCGCGAUCCAGUCGUAGUGCGGCGUCUGAUAACUUAACACAGUCUGUGCCCAGGUGGUGCGAAGUUAAGGUCAUUUUGUUUUCUAACAAAAGAGAACGAACUGGACAGGGGUGACGGGAGAGUAUAAUGGUAUUUUUAACGUUAUCUUGCUGGAUCCGCAACCGUGGACCCGACAGGUUCUGGAAAGUACAGGAGCUGCUUAAACAUGCGCGGCACUUCAGAGGGAGGAAGAACCGCUGCUACAAACUGGCCGUGCUGUCCGUCAGGAGGGCUUUCGUCUACGCCACCAAAAGUCGAAAGCUUAAGAAGCGCAACAUGAGGACGCUGUGGAUCACACGCAUUGCAGCCGCAACACGAGAGCACAGCAUGAAGUAUCCUGCCCUCAUGCACAACCUCAACAAGUGCAGCGUUCAGCUUAACCGUCGCGUAAUCAGCGAGAUUGCCAUCACGGAGCCUCGGACCUUCCUGUCGCUGGCGAAGCUGGCUCGAGCUCGACAGCAGGAAGGUUUCCGAGCGGCGCUGGGAGACGGCAAAGAGCCUCCAGGUGUCCUCUCCAGAGUUAUGCUGCAGUAAAGACUCACUACCGUCAUGGAUUCAAGGAUCUGUGUUGUUCAGAGACAUCAACUUUACUUUUGACAUUUCAUCUGUAUGUUUCAGAUGUAAAAUAUCUUAAAAAUCAUAUUUCCUCAUGUGCUGCUUCAUCAGAAAGAUAAAGUCAGUCUCGUGUGUGUCAGUCAGAUGUCACUCUUGUUGAUAAUCUUCCUUGGAUUCCUGAAGAACUUGUGAUGUUUGCCACUGGAUGAAGUAAAAAGUUUGUUCUUGAAACAAAGUUAACAUGGACGUCUUUCAGUGCUGGGGUCCCAACAACAUGGAAAUGUUUGCUUUAAAAUACAUGACAACAAUGCAACAAAAAAGUGUCCAAAACAUCUUUAAUGGAGAAUAUCUUCACUCAGGCAAGACUAGGUUUGAAUUUGCAACCUACAACUUUUGAUUUGAUUCUACUUUUUGUUUCACUGUGUAUAUUAUUUCUUGUGGUGAAGAUGUAAAGCUGUUUUAUUCAUUAAACUUUUUAUAUAUAAUGAAAUUGA